GCUGCGCAUUUUCUGUACAUUCCAAUUAACCUGUCUAAUAAACUAUUUUCCUCCAAAUUUUUUGUAAACAAAUAAUGCCGGAUACUCAAGGUACCCCGAGAUAUCGUGUGGAUAUAGACGCUCUUUUUGCAGACUACGUCAAGGACGCUCAGGUCGAGUCCGGCCUCAGCAGCAGUGAAAUCAGCCGACAUCUUUUCGUCAAAGCAGCAGCACUAGCAGCCGAAAAUUCAGACCUACAGAUAACAUUCAUCGAGUGCCGGCCGCGAAAGCAUCUGGUGAAAAGCGUUGGUGUCGAACCAAUUGUUGACCACUCUGGGUUGGAUCGCAUCUCGAUAAAAUACGUGACUUCACCAGACAUGUUUCGAGCACUAUUUGCUGCGUGGCAUUGCGGCAUGGAACGACAGACACGGACGUAUUCAGAGAGCAAUUUCCUGAUAUGGAACGCGACCCCCGAGUCCAACGGUAGCCUGGCGGUGACUGAUGCUGUCUGGGCGCCAGACUACAUGCUUAUCGAUGGCUUUGACGCGGUUGCCGACGAAUCGAGAUUAAAAUUAAAGAUGCAAUUGACACUAACCAUUCAAUGUAUCUGUGUGUUCAAUGUCAUUAGCAUGGGGCGGCUCUGGGCACUGGUCAACAACACGCUGGACCACAUCAAUCGCAUUCGUGAGAAACAAGGGCUGGCCGAUGAAUAA